GCAAGAGAGGAAAAGAUGGAAAAGAAGGUAUAUAUAAAUGUAUCUUUUAUGCAAUUUAUCCCAUUAUAUUUGUCAAUUCAGCAUCGAACGACACUAUAGUUCUGCGAGUGUUAUGGAACCAGUAUUGUUCGAUGCUGAAUUAAUAUAAACGAGUAUGUUUACGAUUUCCAGUCCUCAAUCGGACCUGACCGUGUACAAUCUGCAGACAUGCAUGUUUCGGCGUCCUACGCCUCAUCAGUGCAGCUUGGUACACAUCUAGGCACGCGAUGACUUUCGUAUUGAUAUGCAUGUAACUAGUAAUUGCUGUCACAAGCGCUGAAGCGCAUGUGGUACAGCACGGCGGGCCAUCAACGCAAACAGACAUGCGCAGAUUCUCAUGGGGCCAGAGUGCUCAAACAACCACGAGGGAAGUGAGUUUUGCAUUAUUGCUAAUGGACACCCAAUGUAUUUUAGACAACGCGUUAGUCCCAAUUAUAAGGAUAACAGGAUAAUUUAUUGUACAAGAUCAGAAGAAAUUUUCGCAAUUUGAAAAAUUGUUAAAUAUGUAUUUUAAAAGAUUCUGCAUAGAAUUCAUUAUCUUAGACAAUCAUAUCCAUAAAAGAACCUACUGUGCCUAGUUUUACAAUGCAAUCUGAAUAACAUACCCGUAUGGUAAACUGCAUGUGUGUACAUAUUAGCAAUAACAUUAAGGUAAAAAAUAAGGUUAUAAUUAUAGAAGCUUUGCCAAGUCAAUAUACGUGGUAUUUCCACAAAACAAAAUAAUUAAAAUUCAGGUAACUGUUUCGUGGUGCGGGGAAAAACUAUAGUGCUAUUUUCCAAAUCUUUCGAUCCGUAACAUAAAUCUGACGAAGAUCGGGACUUAGAAAUCAGAAGGUUUGCGGAACAAUAAACGUGUUGUUUUUUUCACAAAAACAGAAAAACAACCUUUCUCCUGUCUGGCUUACCGAAUGAUCGAGCGUAUUCCAUUACACAGCAGGAAACCACACCUUUUGUGCAAUAUUUGCAUACUUUAUAAAAUGACCAUGUUUGCGGUUUCUUAGACCGCUCUGGCGGCAACAACGUUGACAUUUUAGCUGCCGUUUUGUUUGUUAUGGGAAAAAAUAAAGCUCAUUUUCAGAGAUCGAUUGUACCAAUGCUGACAAUUAGCUACUUUAAUAUCCGAACGUACUAGCUUUUUGUAAAAACAAAUAUUUCACGUUAGUAUUUGAUUACGCCGGUAAAAUUCGUAAUAAACCGGUUAAUUAAUAUACGUAAUUAACCAAACAUAUGCCAUUUUACCGAAAGUAUAUAGUUCUUGGUUUAACAAAUGAUGUCCAAUUAUGAAUUAUACAUAUCUGCAUGAGGUAUGCCUACCACUACGUUUUAAUAAAAAAGGGGGAAAUAAACAGAUAAACAGUUUAACUGGUAUUGGUAAACAAAACCCAAAAUCUCUGCAUUUGGGUUACAGUUAGCUUGCAACACGACUUUAACUCAACUCUAACCCUCAACUUAAGACUUAACUGGAACGACUUUACGUUUUCUUAGUCCGACCGAAAUAUUUCAAAUAUUUCUGUAUUCGAGAUUGAAAUGCCAUCCAUAACAAGAACAAAACAUGUCUAUAUCUUACCGUUCGAUGUAAAAUUUAAAAUUUUGGUUUUUAAUCCUACAAUUUCACUUGGCAAAGUCAAAGAUUAGAUAUCGUGCAAAUUCAUUUGAUUGCAUGAAAUGUCAAUAUUUUGCCAUAAGGACGUGCGUCAUUGUUUGUCUUCUAAGGCUAUGGAGCUAGUGAGCUUCGAAACGUUCCAUUAUACUUCCACAGGGUGCCAUGCGUUUGUAUGUUGCAUGAUUCUUUUAUGUCGAACGAUCAAAUGUAUAUGUUAAAUAUACUUGUUACUUGAGUUUUGAAUACAAGUCAGCGAAGAAAUUAGUUCUUCCUCCUUUCAGUGAAAUCUGCUUGAGUGGCCCAAGAGCAACGAACGGUAAUAUAUAAAAAAUAUAUAUAUAUAUAUAUAUAUAUAUAUAUAUAUAUAUAUAUAUAUAUAUAUAUAUAUAUAUAUAUAUAUAUAUAUAUAUAUAUAUAUAUAUAUAUAUAUAUAUAUAUAUAUAUAUAUCGGCUCAAGUUUAUAUUUCAAUAUUACGCCUUAACGGAUUUGAUAUGAGAAACAAAGCCCAGCUUCUCGUCAUUUUUCUUGGGAAUUUCGUAUCUAAGCUACAAGCAAUUGUAGCGAAAAUGAACUUUUCCCACGCAGAAAAGCGUUGGUAUAUUUGCAUAAUGGUAUUUGCUAAAUUAGCACUGGAAUUCAAAUAUUUGUUCUUAGACAGGAAAGAACAAUAUUUAUUACUCUAAAGAAUCGUCGUUCUUCCUGUUUUUUGAUAGUACUGAUAUAAAAUAGAACUUUGAACAGAGGAAUAUCAUUCAAUGAUAGUGCGUGGGAAAUGUACACCAAUGUUUACGUUAUAUAUUACAAACAAAAUUCAAAAUGAUCAAAUAAGAUAUUCAGUACGACAGUAGUUUAUUUAUAGCGAAAUUUGAUUGUCACAUUACGUAAUAAAUUACUAAAACCGUUCAUAUUAAAUUUCAGUUUUAAGAAAGUCCUUAAACUUUGAAUUGUCAUUGUGGUUGUUGUCUGUCAAAGUAAUCAACUGUUCAAUUUUUAUAAUUCAAUUUUCAUGUUUAUAAAGUCACAAUGGGUCUGGCCUUUCGUUAAUUAAAAAGAAAGAUAAACUGGGUUUUGGAAAGAUAAACUGGGAUUUGAUGAUUCGAAUAGAACAUAUUAAAAUAGUUAAUAGCUCCGCUCUUUAUUUAGACUUUUAGUUUUCGAGGUCUAACAAAAAAGGUUGAGCCAUCUAGAUGCCUAGAUCCGAUUUCAUAAUGCCGUAAUUUAUGUAUACUGUAGUGCAACAAACAACAACAAUUAUAUCAUCACCAUAUGAAUGAACUAGACGUUACUAUCGCAAGGAAGUGCUGCCUUACGACCACCGGUUUUAUGAGAUAUUUUUCCCGGAUCCCGUCCCCACGUAAACCGCCACUCUGAGCUGAAAUCUCCAAAACUAAAAAUCUAAACAAAAAACGGAGACAGAACUUAUUAACUAUUUUUUAUGGUCUUUUCAAAUCACGAAGAACCCAAUUUAGAUUUAAAAUCAAAAUUAGUUUACACGCGUGCGUUUUUACAUUUACAGGUAAACUACGUGAAGCGUUCCUCUUUUGACUUUAUACAUUGAUUGCAACCCUUGCAAAUCCCUUGAAGGAAUUUUCAGUGUUGCUAAAAGCCGAUUAAAUUUCCUAACAGGAAGUUCCUAACUUCCUGUUCUGUUCUGUUCUGCACGUUGCAAUUGGCUAACAAAAAUAAUCCACCAAUGACAAUGCUCAGAACAGAACAGGAAGUCAGGAAAUUAAAACAGGAAGUUAGGAAUAUUUAAAACGAAGCUUUUUGCAUUGGAAUAUUGCAACAGCCGAUGGGAACAUUGCAAAUUCCCUGAAGGGAUUUGCAAGCAGUUUUUCAAAUUUGCAAACCUAAUGAGGAAAAUUCCAAAUGAGUUAGGAAGUCAAAAGAGGAACGCUUCGCGUAGUUUACCUGUAAUGGUAAACAAAACUUUUACCACCUUGUACAUAGUAAUUGCUCCACUAAUUGAUAAUUGUAUUUAAUUGUAUACUGUUAAAACCUUAAUAGAAGUGUUGAUUGAGUAAUCCUAAUGGAUCCAUAUCAAGUCAACAUUUCUCAUCACGUAAAAUUCCGGUGCAGAAUUUGGUAUUAUUCUGUCAGCAAAGGUUUCGAUUUAGAAAUACGAAUGGUUUAUUAUAUGCACCUAAAACAGCGAAGUGAAGCGCAAAAUAAUAUUAUGGCCAUCUUACUUGGCAUAUUUGAUCCUUGAGUAAUAAUAUUUUGGGUGUUAGGUUUCAGUGUAAUCAGUGUAAACCUGAACGAUAUGCACGAGAUUGGUUGGAGAAUCCAAUAACUCUGGGCCUGAAAAGUAUAGAAAGCGUGUGGAAUUCAGUAAUGAAGCCUAUAAAAGAUAAUGUUUACAACAUCAGCGGCCAUUUUGUAUCAAAAAGUAACAGAUUGAUCAUUUAUACGUGUACAAUACUGUACAUGUGACGCAAACUUGAUUGUUGGGUACUGAAACAUUAAUUAUUCAUGAUUUCAGAAAAUAAAAGACUUUUCAUUUCAAUUUAUUGUUCUAUAAGUUAUUGAUGAUAGUUUUAAAUAAAAACGAUAAUAUGAAAUUCAUGUUCAGAUCUUUCCCUAGUCAGUGCUACUAAUUUUUAUAACUUUUCAAUUGUAACACCUGUACUGAGAGCACUUUUGCAUUUUAUAGGAAGUAGAGGUUCUACUGGAACCAAAGGUCUUAAAGGUAAGAUGAUGUAUUAAAAAAGUCAGACACGUUUUUCUUAAUAUGCUGCUAACGGUGCAACCUUUUUUAGUGAUGCUGGUAAUCGGAAAGUCAGUGGGGGUCAGCCUAGUCCCAGGCGUUCCGAAGCAAGCGCGAGAAAAAAGUGGAUGUAGUACGAGACUGGGACCUAGGUGUGACGUCACCGCUCAAGGUGCUUCAGAACGCCUAGCAGAUUUCAGUAUUUUUAAUAUGGCGGAAAAUUUAUAUAUACAAGUAACCUUUUAAUUAUAAAUACGACAAUGUUCGUUCAUCAUGUACAUGUUCGAUGUCUACAUAACCAAAUCAAACUGUAUUAAAAUGUGCUCAACUAAAAAAAUUUAUAUACAAAUUUACGAUACUGAGUUUGAGCAAUCGUUGAUGUUAUUUAUAUACUCGCAAGUUGUGAUCAACACUAGACCAUACUGGUAUACACAACUACGCUUUCUACUUGACAGGUUUAAAUUGCUGAGGAGAUUGGAAAUAUUUGCCUGACAUGACGGUGUUGUCAAAACAUUUUUAGUCGGAGACUCGGCAUAAUUUUCAAGCUUCUAGAUAGCAUUUAAUAUGUAUAGGUUAUUUUGAGGCAACGAGGGGAUAUGUGAUUUAUUCACCGAGGCGCGCAGCGCCGAGGUGAAUAAACACAUAUCCCCGAGGUGCCUCAAAAUAACGUACUUAUUUUUCACACUGCGAGGUCGCGUUAAUGAGACAGAAUAGAAAUAAUUCCUAAUGCCAUAUUGCCUUCGUUAUGUUGUUUUUUUCUCAUUUUUUGUGCUGCAAAGACAUUGCAGGUGAAUAUUAGAGGGGAUUAUUAAUUGCAGGUGAAUAUUAGAGGGGAUUAUUAAACGGAAAUUGAUUAGAGGGGAAUAUUGAAUAUAUUCCCCGACAAGAACAAAGGAAACCGAGCAGGGUGAAAAAUAAGGCUUUAUAUUUUAGUAAACACGAGUCAUAUUUAGCCCGUUAUUCCAUUUUGACCGUAUGGUAGCGAAACGUAGCCUAUUUCAUUGUUCCAACAGCAUUAGAGCAAAACUAAUGACUUAAUUAUAAACGCAAAGGAAAUUUCCAUAACAUUUUCUAUUUACAAAUGCGGUAUGCUUGGUAACCAGGCCAGGGACCACUUUUUUGAAAUCAGGGACCAUUUUACCGAAAUCUGCUAGGCUCUCUUGCUGAAGCGUUCCGCACAGCACACCCAGGCAUAAAACGUUUAAGACUUUUUAAAUAUAUCAAAGCAGCGAAUAGAGAGAGAGCCUGGGACUAGGCUGCUUCUUAGUAAUCUUUUGACAUACUAGUUCACCACUCGCACACAGUGAAUGAGAAAUCUUGAUUAUAUAUUCUUAUCAAGUCAUCCUUGUAACACUGCUGGACCCGGGUUUUACACACAGACAUAUCAGUGGUUUUACCCCCUAUCACGAAAACACCAUUCACCAAACGGCAAUAUUUUAUUCAUUUUGAAGGUAAAUCUGGCGAUUUGUGUAAGUUAACGCCUCAUACAAUUGCUAAAAUUAGUGAAUAUUGCAAAAAGUGGAUUGAUCUGGAUGGCGAACAAAGCACGAUCGCAGCAAAUAUUGCCGAACGUAUAAAACGUUGGUCAUUCCAUUCGGAAACGGAGCUAGUGCGAGAUGAAAUUGCACGGAAAUUGCAAACUUGUGAUAUCACAAAGAGUGCUAUGUUCGUUUUUGUGAUAAAACAAAAAUCGAAAGAGCCAAGAAAAGAAUAA